AGCAAACACUGAGCUCUCAGGCCCUGGUGCUUGAUAGUUCACAGGAAGCAAAUAAGCUUCUUAGUAGGAAAAAAAGCUCCCCCCCCACCCCCAGUGAGCCCCAGUGAGCCCCAGUGAGCCGAGGAAGUGCUGGCGCACGGGGUGUGGCUUUGCCAGCAAGUGUUUGGGGAGCACAGGCCCCCCGGGAGCGAGUACCUGAAGGAGCCGCCUUCCUCCCCUCGCGCCCGGCUUUCGCAACCAGAAAGCUCUCCAGAUGUUGUAAUUCUGGGAAUCGUCUUUAAAUUCCUUUUUGCUCUGAAAAGGGCUCAGAAAAAGCAGAACAGCAGCGGCCGGCUGGGCCUCGGGCACCCGGGAGCAGGCUGUGGGGGCAGGGGCAGUGCUGCAGUGCUGCUCAGGGCCACGCGCCCUUUGCUGUGCGACCCUGAGCCGGGCGCCCCCUCCUUGUCUCUAGAAGGUGGCAUCAGAACCGAGGCUGGGCCGAGGCUCCUGAAGCGUGCAGGUACAGAGAGUCACGCUCUCAAGCCCCGGGCCCCCUGAGCUCCCGGGAGGCGCCGUCUCCAAGGCCACCCCGCUGCACUCCAGAGGCCCCCACGCUCCCCCCAACGGCGCUCUGCGUGGGGCCUCCUCCUCCCGCCCAGUCCUCCCGUGGCCCCGACAGAGCCGGUGCCAGGAGCCUCUGCACGCUCAGGACUCCAGUCUGUGAAGGGCUCUCGCUGUCCCUGCACCGGCGUGAACGAUGACCAGGGGGCCCUUGGCACCUGCCUGCCUGCCUGGCCCACACUGCCUGUGCUAGUGGGAGCUGCCGCCCACGCCCCUCCAUGCCCGCAGCCUCCGGGGCAGGCUCCCUCUGUGUCCUAAGCAUCGUGGGGACCGCCUGAGCCCAUUCCUUCUCCAGCAGGGCCACUGAGCUAGGGUGCAACGGAGGCGGCGAGGAGGAACUCGGAGAGAAGGCCUGGUUCUCCGCUCCGCCCUGCCGCCCGGACCACGCCCCCCGGCCGCACACCCCCACUCUUUCCCGUCUUCGUCCGUGGCUAGGGCUGGUGUCCCUGCAGGCAGGAUGGCGGCUCUCCGGCAGCUGGGGCUCCUCCUCUGGAAGAACUACACUCUGCAGAAGCGGAAGGUCCUGGUGACCGUCCUGGAGCUGCUCCUACCCCUGCUGUUUUCUGGGAUCCUGAUCUGGCUCCGCCUGAAGAUCCAGUCAGAGAACGUGCCCAGCCCCACCAUCUACCCUAACCAGUCCAUCCAGGAGCUGCCCCUGUUCUUCAGCUUCCCCCCCCCGGGGGGCGCGUGGGAGCUGGCCUACGUCCCGUCCCACAGCGAGGCCGUGAAGGCCGUGGCCGAAAGGGUGAGGCAGGUGCUGGACACCGUCGACCUGAGAGCACGUGGCUUCCCCUCAGAGGAGGACCUGGAGGACUACGUGCGGCGCGGCAACGGCUCCGCCACUGUGCUGGCUGCCGUGGUGUUCGAGCACACCUUCAACCACAGCUCGGCCCCUCUGCCGCUGGCGGUGAGAUACCACCUGCGCUUCAGCUACACGCGGAGGAACUACAUGUGGACCCGGGCGGGCUCCGUGUUCCUGAAGGACACUGAGGGCUGGCACACCACCUCCCUGUUCCCGCGCUUCCCGAGCCCGGGGCCGCGCGAGCCCGCCGCCCCCGACGGUGGGGAGCCAGGCUACAUCCGGGAGGGCUUCCUGGCGGUGCAGCACGCCGUGGACCGGGCCAUCAUGCAGCGGCACGCGGACGCUGCCGCCCAGCGGCUGUUUGCCAGGCUCACCGUGGUCGCCAAGCGGUUCCCCUACCCGCCUUACAUCUCGGACCCCUUCCUUGUGGCCAUCCAGUACCAGCUGCCCCUGCUGCUCAUGCUGAGCUUCACCUACACCUCGCUCACCAUCAUCCGCGCCGUGGUGCAGGAGAAGGAGAGGAGGCUGAAGGAGUACAUGCGCAUGAUGGGGCUCGGCUGCUGGCUGCACUGGGGCGCCUGGUUCCUCCUCUUCUUCCUCUUCCUCCUGGUCGCUGUCGCCUCCAUGACCCUGCUCUUCUGCGUGGAGGUGAAGAAGGACCAGGCGGUGCUGACGCACAGUGACCCUUCGCUGGUGCUGGUCUUCCUGGCCUGCUUCGCUGUGGCCUCCAUCUCCUUCAGCUUCAUGGUCAGCACCUUCUUCAGCAGAGCCAACAUGGCGGCAGCCGUCGGGGGCUUCCUCUACUUCUUCACCUACAUCCCAUACUUCUUUGUGGCCCCUCACUACAACUGGAUGACGCUGAGCCAGAAGCUGCUCUCCUGCCUCCUGUCCAACGUCGCCAUGGCCAUGGGGGCCCAGCUCAUAGGGAAGUUCGAAGCCAAAGGCACUGGCGUCCAGUGGCGAGACCUCCUGAGCCCGGUCAACGUGGACGACGACUUCACCUUCGGACAGGUGCUGGGCAUGCUGCUGCUGGACGCCGCACUGUACGGCCUGGUGACCUGGUAUGUGGAGGCCGUCCUCCCUGGGCAGCUCGGCGUGCCCCAGCCCUGGUACUUCUUCGUCACGCCCUCCUACUGGUGCGGGACCCCGAGCACCCUCCUGGGAAAAGAGGAGGAUGACGAGGACCCUGAGAAGGCGCUUGGGACCGAGUACUUUGAAGCCGAGCCUGAGGACCUGGUGGCCGGGAUCAAGAUCAAGCACAUGUCCAAGGUGUUCGGGGCUGGGGGCAAGCGCACCGCAGCCGUCAGGGACCUGAGCCUGAGCCUGUACGAGGGGCAGAUCACAGUGCUGCUGGGCCACAACGGCGCAGGCAAGACCACCACCCUCUCCAUGCUCACCGGCCUCUUCCCCCCCACCAGUGGACGGGCGUACAUCGGCGGCCACGAGAUCUCCCGAGAUAUGGUGCAGAUCCGCAAGAGCUUGGGACUGUGCCCGCAGCACGACAUCCUGUUUGACAACCUGACCGUGGCCGAGCACUUGUCCUUCUACGCCCAGCUGAAAGGCCUGUCUGCCCAGAAGUGCCCCGAGGAGGUCAAGCAGAUGCUGGGUGUCCUGGGCCUGGAGGACAAGCGGGACGUGCGGAGCCGGCUCCUGAGCGGGGGCAUGAAGCGCAGGCUGUCCAUCGGCAUCGCCCUCGUGGCGGGCUCCAAGGUGCUGAUGCUGGACGAGCCCACAGCCGGCAUGGACACUGUCUCCAGGAGGGCCAUCUGGGACCUGCUGCAGCAGCAGAAGAGGGGCCGCACCGUGCUGCUAACCACCCAUUUCAUGGACGAGGCGGACCUGCUGGGGGACCGCAUUGCCAUCAUGGCCCAGGGGACGCUGCAGUGCUGCGGAUCACCGCUGUUCCUCAAGCAGAAAUACGGCGCAGGCUACCACAUGACCCUGGUGAAGGAGCCUCACUGCAACCCCGAGGCGGUCUCCCAGCUGGUCAGCCACCACGUGCCCAACGCCACCCUGGAGAGCAGCGCAGGGGCAGAGCUGUCCUACAUCCUGCCCAAGGAGAGCACUCACAGGUUUGAAAGUCUUUUUGCGAAGCUGGAGAAGCAGCAGAAGGAGCUGGGCAUCGCCAGCUUCGGGGCCUCGGUCACCACCAUGGAGGAGGUCUUCCUGCGGGUCGGCAAGCUCGUGGACACCAGCAUGGACCUCCAAGCCAUCCAGCUGCCCGCCCUGCAGUACCAGCAUGAGCGGCGGGCGAGUGACUGGGCCCUGGAUGGCCACCUGUGCGGCGUGAUGGACCCGACCAAUGGUGUUGGCGCUCUGAUGGAGGACGAGUGUGGUGCGGUGCGGCUCAACACCGGGCUCGCCCUGCACUGCCAGCAGUUCUGGGCCAUGCUCCUGAAGAAGGCGGCGUACAGCUGGCGGGAGUGGAAACUGGUGGCGGCCCAGGUGGUGGUCCCGCUGACCUGCAUCACCCUGGCCCUGCUGGCCAUCAACUACUCCUCUGAGAUCUUCGACGACCCCCCGCUGAGGCUGAGCCUGAGCGAGUACGGCAGGACCGUGGUGCCCUUCUCCACGGCAGGGGCCUCGGGGCUGGGCCACCAGCUGGCCGAGCACUUCAAAGACCUGCUGCAGGCUGCGGGCCAGGAGCCCAGUGAGGUGCUGGGUGACCUGGAGGAGUUCCUGAUUUUCAGGGCCUCCAUGGAGGGGGGCGGCUUCAACGAGCGAUACCUGGCGGCAGCGUCCUUCAGAGACGUGGGUAAGCAGACGGUUGUCACCGCUCUGUUCAACAACCAGGCCUACCACUCGCCGGCCACCGCCCUGGCCCUCGUGGACAACCUUCUCUUCAAGCUGCUGUGCGGCCCUCAGGCCUCCAUCACCGUCUCCAACUACCCCCAGCCCCGGAGUCUCCUGCAGGCGGCCAAAGACCAGUUCAAUGAGGGCCGGAAGGGGUUUGACAUCGCCCUCAACUUGCUCUUCGCCAUGGCUUUCCUGGCCAGCACGUUCUCCAUCCUGGCGGUCAGUGAGAGGGCUGUCCAGGCCAAGCACCUCCAGUUCGUCAGCGGGGUCCACGUGGCCACCUACUGGCUGUCCGCCCUGCUGUGGGACCUCGUCUCCUUCCUGGUCCCCAGCCUGCUGCUGCUGGUGGUGUUCAGAGCCUUCGACGUGCACGCCUUCACGCAGGACGGCCACAUGGCGGACGCGCUGCUGCUGCUGCUGCUGUACGGCUGGGCCAUCAUCCCGCUCAUGUACUUGAUGAGCUUCCUGUUCGCGGGCCCCGCCGCCGCCUACACCCGGCUGACCAUAUUCAACAUCCUGUCGGGCGUGGCCACCUUCCUCAUGGUCACCAUUAUGCGCAUCCCAGCUGUCAAGCUAGAAGAUCUUUCCAGAACACUGGACCAUGUGUUCCUGGUGCUGCCCAACCACUGCCUGGGGAGGGCAGUCAGCAGCUUCUACGAGAACUACGAGACCAGGCGGUACUGCGCCUCCUCCGUGGUGGCGGCCCACUACUGCAAGAAGCACGACAUCCGCUACCAGGAGAAUUUCUACGCGUGGAGUGCCCCCGGGGUGGGCAGGUUCGUGGCCUCCAUGGCCGCCUCGGGGUUCACCUACCUUGCCCUGCUCUUCCUCAUCGAGACCGACGUGCUGUGGAGGCUCAAGACCUGCCUCUGUGCCUUUUGGACGCGGCGGGCACUGACAGAAGUGUCCGCCCGGACGUCCACACUUCCAGAGGACCAGGACGUGCUGGACGAGAAGAACCGGAUUCUGGCCCACAGCCUGGACGACCUGCUGGACACGCCUCUGGUCAUCAAGGAGUUCUCCAAGGUGUACGAGCAGCGCAGGCCCCUCCUGGCCGUGGACCAGCUCUCGCUCGCCGUCCAGAAGGGCGAGUGCUUCGGCCUGCUGGGCUUCAACGGCGCCGGAAAGACCACCACUUUCAAAAUGCUGACGGGCGAGGAGACCAUCACGUCUGGGGACGCCUUUGUUGGGGGCCACAGCGUCCGCUCUGACAUCGGGAAGGUGCGGCAGCGGAUGGGCUACUGCCCCCAGUUCGAUGCCCUGCUGGACCACAUGACGGGCUGGGAGACGCUGGUCAUGUACGCCCGGCUGCGGGGUGUCCCCGAGCGCCACCUCGAUGCCUGCGUGGAGAACACGCUGCGGGGCCUGCUUCUGGAGCCCCACGCCAGCAAACUGGUCAGGACCUACAGCGGGGGCAACAAGCGGAAGCUGAGCACUGGCGUCGCCCUGCUCGGGGAGCCCGCCGUCGUCUUCCUGGACGAGCCGUCCACCGGCAUGGACCCCGUGGCCCGGCGCCUGCUCUGGGACACCGUGGCCCGGGCUCGGGAGUCUGGCAAGGCCAUCGUCAUCACCUCCCACAGCAUGGAGGAGUGUGAGGCGCUGUGCACCCGGCUGGCCAUCAUGGUACAGGGGCAGUUCAAGUGCCUGGGCAGCCCGCAGCACCUCAAGAGCAAGUUCGGCAGCGGCUACGCCCUGCGGGCCAAGAUUCGGAGCGGCGGGCGGGACGCACUGGAGGAGUUCAAGGCCUUCGUGGGCCUGACCUUCCCAGGCAGCGUCCUGGAAGACGAGCACCAGGGGCUGCUGCACUACCACCUGCCCGGGGAAGGCCUCAGCUGGGCCAAGGUGUUCGGCGUGCUGGAGAAGGCCAAGGAGAAGUACGGGGUGGCCGACUACUCUGUGAGCCAGACCUCGCUGGAGCAGGUCUUCCUGAGCUUUGCCCACCUGCAGCCGCCCGCUGAGGAUGAGGGGCCAUGAGGGGGCGCUGCCCUGCGCCCGCCUGCCCUGCACCCUGUCUGGUCGCCGUUUCCCGCAGCAGGUCAAGCACCGAGCCACAGCCACCCAGUGCCGCAGACCGCAGGUGCUCGGAACUUGGAGCUGCGGGCGGGGCCCGGGGGCAGGGCCUGGGGCACCGCCCGGCCGGGGGGCUUUCCCUAAGCACUUGUGAGGGGAGCACCGCGCCCUCCCGGCACCCACACGACACGGAGCGUCCCUGGGGGUGAGACACAAGGCAGUGGCCACCCAGGACGGAUGGGCCAUCGCCGGCCGCCUCGAGCAAGGGGGCGCAGCAUGAGCGGCACUGGGGGCCUGGCUUCCCUGAAGCUCCUGCGCCCCAAAGCAUGGACCCCAUGCCAGGCAGCGCCACCCAAGCACUCGCCAGCAGCACCUCCCGUUCCCGAGACCGGCCCUUCAGGAAGCCGCUGGCCAGAGGCCAGCCAGGGCCCGCGGGGUAGGGCGGCUGUCUGCGGAGGAGGCACCGAGCCGGGGUAACCCUGUCUAGAGAAUAAAGGCUGGGGGAACACGCCCUGGUCUGUUGGUCACAUGCGAGUCAGGGUGUCAGCUC